AUGCACUACGCUCAGAAGAGUCUAUCCGACCCCCACCUGGACUGCCGCGUCCAAGCCAUUCCGGUUUUGUCCCGCUUCUGCGGGACCCGCGUGGUGACCGAGCUGAACGAAGUCCUGCUCCGAACGCUUUGCGCCCAGGAGGGACUUGAACAAGAUGAACUCGACACGAGUGCCGUAGGCGUGUUCUCGCCCAACGAAUUCACAGUCCUGCCAACACAUGCCUUCCACACCCAUCGAUUCGUCAAACAACUCGAACGGUCAAAUUUCCAGUCAGAAUCAGCCAAACAUAUAUUAAAGUUUGUCGAGACCAGUCUCCGAUCGUCCGAAAAACGCUGGCUACUAACCGGACCAUCGGGCGGGAUCGUCUCGAAAUCGUACGCCGAAGGUCAGGCGUAUCUCUAUAAUGCCGCCCUGGGUGAACUCCGGACAGAAGUUCAGGUGAAGGCCAGAAACGAUGGGAUCGUCCUCAAGUCGGCUAGUAAUUCCGUCCAAAGAGAAAUCGAUAACCUCAAACAGAAACUCAAAGAAGAUAUCAGCGCGCUCAAGAAUGAACUACAGUUGGAAUUCAACCAUCGCAAGGAAGAGGCUAGCGAUGAUCAGAAAAAAUUGGAAUUGUCUAUCCAAGAACUUAAUAGCAAAUUUACCAUCUUGGUCAGCGAAGUACGAACGGAAAUUGAAACAAGAAAAUGGGUGACCACAAGGCGAUGUGUCGUUGCAAUUGCUUCUCCCUCUUCAUCAUCGCCACCCUCAUCAUCCGCAACUCAUUCGAGUAAUUCGGCAGAUGAUGAUCGCAAACUGCUGUUGAAAGAUCAGAUCAUGAGGAGUGUAGAAGAGCUCGGCAUUUUGCCGGAACGCGAAGAUACCGAAACCGACUAUAAUUCUUCUUCCAAUUCCUUCUUCGGUUCUUCCUCUCCUGUAAAGCGGAUCGGCGAAUAA